AUGCUGAAUAUUCAGAGCAUGCACGGCCGCUGCCGCCACCCAGCCGUCGCAGAGACAAACCCCAGCUAUCCUGUAACCUUUGCAGAAGACGAAAGUAUGGGCCAUGCCACGAUAUACGUUGUAAAAACCAGAUAUCUGAUUUUAUUCCCUCCCAGGCUAAAAUGUGACCGUGGCAUGCCGUGUGAUGCAUGUGCUCGUCGUGGACUAGCUCUGUCGUGCACUUAUCCGGCUUCCACUCCACUCCAAAGUGGUAAAAGACUGAUUAAUCCGUCUUCUACGGCUAUGCACAAUAAGAUUGCCAACUUGGAGAAACUAGUACUAUCGAUGAAGAGCCAGAAUGGCUAUCCCACGGAAAAUGGUCAAGUAUCAGAGUUGAAUAAUUUAACCGAUUUGCAUAAAAGCUUUGGCAGGAUUGGGUUGGAAAAUACCGAAACGAAUUAUGUCGAAGGUUCACAUUGGACUGCGAUUCUGGAUGGGAUUGCCGAAUUAAAAGAUUACUUUGACGAUGAUCCAGAGACGCCUGAAGAAGACAAAGAAGAUGAAAGACCUUCAGGCCCCGGCCCUGCACUUUUGCUGGGAAAUUAUCAAAAGCUUGACCGGCAACAAAUACUUUCAACGAUUCCACCAAAGCAUGAAGUAGACAGACUUGUUUCAACCUUCUUUAAUACACCAAAUAUGUAUUUGCUUGCUCUUCACGGCCCAACCUUCCUGGAGGAGUACGAUCGAUUUUGGAAGUACCCUCAAAAGACAUCCACGAUGUGGGUUGGCUUGUUGUUCGGCAUAAUGUGUCUUGCUUGCAUAUACCAAAAAUCUAUAAAUUCAGCUAUGAACAUGCCGGGAUUAAUGGAAUAUAACUGGCAGACGCAGCGCCGAAUUGAGCUAUACCGAGAGCGAGUGAUCCAGUGUCUUACACUUGCCGACUACACCAAGUGUGGACCCUAUACAUUGGAGACAUUGAUCUACUACCUAUCCAUUGAAUAUACUAGUAUUACCGACAAUCAAACCGGAGUCUGGGUAUUACUCGGGAUCGUUGUGCGAAUAGCAAUUCGAAUGGGCUAUCAUCGAGACGGGUCUCACUCCCCGCGUCUAUCGCCUUUCCAGACAGAGAUGCGUCGCCGGAUCUGGGCAGUCAUUUACCUUCUCGACUCGGGGGCAGCUGAUCAGUAUGGACUUCCUCGAAUGAUAAACCAGUCUCUCUCAGAUACAAAAGAACCGCUCAACCUCAUUGACGAGGACAUCGGCCCCGACAUGGAGCAGUUGCGUCAACCCAGACCAGAUUCUGAACCGACCAUGAUAGGAUUCCUCGCAAUCAAGAACCGACUCAUAGCAACGCAGAACACGAUUACAGAUCUCACAAGCUACCCGAACAAAGCAGUCUCGUAUAAACAAAUCAUGAAGCUGGAUGGUAUUAUACAAGAGCAGUUCCAAAGCAUCCCCCCGGCUCUUCGAAUGCGUCCAUUGAGCAAAUCGCUCUCCGACAGCACGGAUGUGAUUGCAAAUAGAUUGUUCCUCACUCUUAUUAGCUACGCGUCACGCUGUCUGCUACACCGGGAUUACUUGAUGGCGGCACACUCCGACGAUAGAUACGAGUAUUCUCGCAAAGCAUGCAUUAGCGCCGCACUUGAAAUCUUGCGUAUCCAGGAACACGUCCGCGAAGAGUGCCAGAUUGGAAGACGCCUAUAUCAAGAACAGUGGAAAUUCCAGUCUUCGAUUAAACAUGUGUUUUUCCUUGCAAUGACUAUUCUGUGUGUGUAUCUGAAUCGCCAUCUGGGAGAAGGACCAGGUAAAAGCAGGAUUGGUGACGAGUCAUUGGCGAAGAUAAUUCAAGCUUUGAGCACGUGUUAUGAAAUUUGGUCCGAAUCUAGUGACGCUUCCCGUGAAGCGAAAAAGGCUGCUGAAAUGCUGCGUCUCGUCCUUGGGAAGACCCAAAAGCCAGGAAGACUGAAUCAGACGACGCGAGCCGCCGUUGCUAUGAAUCAUGAGCCGUCUGCUGAUGCAAUAGACCCCUCGCUAUUGACCCCAGACCAGUCGACCCCAGACCAAACGUUGUGGGGGAAUUACGAGCUGGAAAGUCCCUGCGAUAUGACUCACUUGGAUCCGAUGAACACUGGCGGGGCUGAUGACUUGAACAUAGGGGAUUGGAGCCUGGAUUCCUUGACGUCGGACAAAUCGUUCAUGGACAAUGUCGUAGGCUCUGACUGGUGGGCUCAAUUUGAUGCCCCAUCUAGAAACCAAUCAUUUUAUUAG